AUCGCGUGCUUCUUCUAUGGGCGGUCCUACGGUUCAGAAAAAUUCUGGCGUCAUUGGGAACUUGAAGCUAUACUGUUCAGAUUGCUAACAUCGUCGUCUCCAGCCCCACCAUCCACAGGUCCAUUACUGGACGCAUUACCAUCUUUACCGCUUUCCAACGGACACACCUCUCCUUUGGAAACCCCUACACUCACAAACGACGACGCUCCUUACGAUUCGGAGUCAGACCUCUCCGAAGUUGCUAUCCCCAUCAUCGACGAACCCUCACCGGCGACCUCUUCUAACCACCAGUCUGAAUUUGGCGCCCAUGCCACUGAUGAUUCCGACUCCGACCCGGCAGACGUCCAAGACGCGUCUGACGAUGCUGACUUUGAUAUGGAGGACAGUCCAGCUCCCGUUGUAACAAACGGCGAACGUGAAGACCGCUCAACGUCCACUGAUUCUCGCCGGCCUGCUAAGCGGAAGCAAGGUCUCGAGGAUGAACAUAUCAAGGCCAAUCCAGAAUUAUAUGGUUUGCGGAGAAGUGGUCGUCCUGUUCAGCAACGAAGCAUUAUUGAAUCAGACGAUGAGAAUGAUGAUUCCGACUCAGACAUUAUUCCAACUCAUAGAACAAAACGAAGGAAGCAAGAGCGGUCGCGACCAACCUCGAAACGCGAAACGCCAAUUCUACGUUCCGCAUCUCAUUCCGACUCAGAUGACUCUGAUACAUAUGGAGGUGCCAGAGCGAAAACUCUCACAAAAAAGAACCGCCGCCGCCAGCUCGAGUCAGGCAAUUUAGCCCCUAUCUACCAAGAAAAGAGAUGGAAUAGCCGAAGAGCCGCACAGGUCACAGCUGGAGCAUAUCAAGAGAGUGGCGAUGGCGAGGAAUUUGAAGAAGAUUCCGAUGCAGCGACCCCAAGUUAUUGGGCUCCGGAAGUAGCGGAUAAUACCCCAUAUGUUGAUCUAGUCAUCAAGCACCGCCUCAAAGAUGGGGUAGAUAUCAACAAGGAGGAGCUUGGUCGUGACGACUUCGAAUAUUAUAUAAAAUGGCAGGAUAAAUCCCACUACCAUGCUACUUGGGAGACCAUUGAGUCCUUGGCUGGCAUGAAAGGUGUCCGUCGCCUCGAAAACUAUUACAGAAAAACGAUUCUUGACGACAUAUUCAUGUUACGGGGCCAAGACGUUCCUAUCGAAGAGAAAGAGAAGUGGAUGCUGGACAAAGAACGAGAUGCUGAUGCCUUGCUUGAUUAUACGAAAGUUGAUCGUGUCAUAGGCACAAGGGAGGGCGAUGAAGAAACAGAGUACUACGUUAAAUGGAAAAGCCUCUACUAUGAGAACUGCACUUGGGAGAGUGCUUCUCUGGUUAGCGAACUUGCGCAAGAUGCUAUUGACCGCUUCCUGGAUCGCAGCUCCCGGUCGUUGGCUUCGGAUAACAAAGAGACUAACCCUAAUACACGAAGCGCCCAUGUACCAAUUCGGGAGCAACCGCCAUAUAUCAUGAAUGGUCAACUUCGAGACUUCCAAAUUACUGGCCUGAACUUCCUGGCGUAUAACUGGACGAAGAAUAAGAAUGUCAUUCUGGCUGAUGAGAUGGGCUUGGGAAAGACAGUCCAAACUGUGGCGUUUAUGAAUUGGCUUCGACAUGACAGACGUCAACAAGGCCCAUUUAUUGUCGUCGUUCCACUAUCGACAAUUCCAGCCUGGGGGGACACAUUUGAUCACUGGGCCCCCGAUUUGAACUAUGUCACUUACAGUGGCAAAGAGGCUUCCAGGAAGAUUAUUCGUGACUACGAGCUCUUAGUUGACAAUAACGUCAAGCGUCCUAAGUUCAAUGUCCUUCUCACCACGUACGAAUUCAUCCUCGCAGAUGCUGCGUUCUUAUCUCAGAUAAAAUGGCAGUUUAUGGGUGUUGAUGAAGCUCAUCGCUUGAAAAAUCGAGAGUCGCAGUUGUAUCAAAAACUUCUCGAUUUCAAAGCUCCUAGUAGAUUGUUAAUUACUGGCACACCCGUUCAAAACACCCUUGGAGAAUUGUCAGCGCUCAUGGAUUUUCUAAUGCCUGGCGAACUGGAUAUCGAAGAGGAUAUGGAUUUGACUGCAGAUGCUGCCGGUGACAAGAUUGCUGCUCUCACCAAUAAGAUCCAACCUUACAUCUUGCGUCGAACGAAACAGAAAGUCGAGAACGAUCUACCCCCCAAAAGCGAGAAGAUCAUUCGAGUCGAACUUUCCGAUGUACAACUUGAUUAUUAUAAGAAUAUCCUCACGAGAAACUACGCUGCUCUCAACGAGGGUUCCAAGGGCCAGAAACAGUCGCUACUCAACAUUAUGAUGGAACUCAAGAAAGCCAGUAACCAUCCUUACAUGUUUCCGAAUGCCGAAGAGAAAAUCCUGAAGGGCAGUGAGAGAAGAGAAGACCAAUUGAAGGGUCUCAUCGCAAGCAGUGGAAAGAUGAUGCUCCUCGAUCAGCUCUUGACCAAGCUAAAGAAGGACAACCAUCGUGUUCUGAUUUUCAGUCAGAUGGUCAAGAUGCUUGACAUUCUUGGAGAUUAUUUACAACUUCGUGGUUACCAAUUCCAGCGUUUGGACGGCACCAUCGCUGCUGGUCCUCGUCGUAUGGCUAUCGAUCAUUUCAAUGCAGAUGGGAGCAAUGACUUUUGCUUCCUACUCUCCACUCGUGCGGGAGGUCUUGGCAUCAAUUUAAUGACGGCAGAUACUGUCAUAAUUUUCGAUUCAGACUGGAAUCCUCAAGCAGAUCUUCAAGCAAUGGCUCGCGCUCAUCGAAUCGGUCAGAAGAAGCCAGUCAGCAUCUACAGACUAGUCUCGAAGGAGACUGUAGAGGAAGAGGUUCUCGAACGUGCUCGCAACAAACUCAUGCUCGAGUUCAUCACCAUUCAGAGAGGUGUUACCGACAGAGAGAAAAAGGAACUUCGCGAGAAAGCAGUCAAGGCCGGCAAGAUUGAUGAUCCCAAAUCCUCCGACGACAUAUCCAGAAUCCUCAAACGCCGAGGCCAAAAGAUGUUCGAGCAGUCCGGUAACCAGAAGAAGUUGGAAGAAUUGAAUAUCGACGCUGUCCUUGAGAACGCCGAGGAGCAUAUGACGGAAGUCCCGGAAGGAAUGGACGCUGACGGUGGCGAGGACUUUUUGAAAAGCUUCGAAUACACUGAUGUCAAGAUCGACCUAGCAUGGGAUGAUAUCAUCCCCAAAGAUCAGCUCGAUGGUAUCAAAGCUGAAGAGGAAAAGCGCGCCCACGAAGAAUAUCUUAAGAAAGUCGUCGAGGAAAACGCUCCUCGAAAAGCUGCAGUCAAAAACACUGCCGAGUAUGAGCGAGAGCAACGUCUUGCCAAGAAACGGGAACGCGAUCAGGCAAAACAAGAAGAGCUUGAUGAGAAGAGAGAGGCACAAGCAAACCGUGCUGAUCCAAAGCGAGAUCUCAAUGAAAAAGAAGCCAGGAACCUGUUCAGGGCAUUUCUUCGAUAUGGCUCUCUUGAAGAGCGUGGCGAGGAGCUGAUCAAGGAUGCACGACUUGUCGGUCGUGACAUUGAAGUGUUGCGUGCCGCUAUCAAGUCCAUUACAGAUGAGAGUGACAGGCGUCUCAAGGAAGAUGCUGAACGAAUUGAGGCCAUGGAAAGAGAAUCAAAUAAGCCUUUGACGAAGAAAGACAAGAAGGCUGUUCUCUUUGACUUCCUGGGGGUCAAGAGGUUGAAUGCUGAAACUGUCAUGGAACGUCCGGGUGAGAUGAGAAUGCUGAAAGAAAUCAUCGCCAAAGUGUCUGAUUUCCGGAACGUCCGAGUCGCUGAAGCCUCCAAAGCUGCCCACUACUCUUGCGAAUGGGGCGCAAGGGAGGAUGGGAUGCUACUUGUUGGAAUACAUCGACAUGGCUAUGGAGCCUGGGUUCAGAUUCGAGACGAUGAAGAUCUUGGAUUGAAAGAGAAAUUUUUCCUAGAAGAGCAUCGCGUUGAUAAGAAGGAGGAGCGAAUUAAAGGAGACGAGAAGGUUGCUAAGGCGCCUGGUGCCGUUCAUUUGGUUCGACGAGCUGAUUAUCUCCUUUCUGUUUUGAAGGCGAAGCACCUCAACAAUGAAGCUGCUAAACGUGCCGUGGAGAAUCAUCAUCGGAAUAAUAAGAAGCAGGAUCGUACGAAUGGCCAUCGACGCUCCGAAACUGGAAGAGCAUCUGUCUCUGCUUCUCCAGCACCGCAAUCAAAGAAGACGCAUCGGCAGCCUGAAAGCCGUGACCGGGCACACAGCCAAAGUCAUGCUCACGGAGGCAGUAGUUCCAAGCCUGAUCUGAAGAGGAAGCAUAGCGCCCCUGAUGAUGAACGCCAACGCCACUCCAAGCACCGGAAGUCCGAGGGUAGUCACUCCAAAUUAAGGCAUGAGCUAGACCCUGUGAUGAAGCACGUUUUCCGCCCUGUAAAAGAGAACCUUAGAUCAAUCACGACGACUACUAAGGAGCGCAUCAAGUCACAGAAGGAGCGCGCCAGUAUCCUGAAAACGGAACUGGUGAUAAUUGGGGAUUUUAUUGUCACUCAACUAGAAGACACUCCUGCUAUGGAGAAAGACUCACUCCGUCCCAGGUUCUGGCAAGUUACACCCAACUCGCACACAACUUUAAUUUGCUAA